AUGGAAGAAGGAUCUGGGAAGAAAUGGAAAAAGGACGGGAAGAUACGGAAGAAGGAUUCUGAGAAGAUACGAAGAAGUGGACCCUGGGGAAGAUACGGAAUAAGGAUCUGGGAAGACAUUGAAAGAAGGACGGGGAAGACGAGCAGGACCCCAGACACGAAUAAGGACUCUGGAGAAGACACGGAAGAAGGAUCCUGGGGAAGACAAGAAGGAUUCCUGGAGAAGACACGGAGGAAGGAUCUCUGGAGAAAUACACGGAAUAAGGAAUCGGAGAAGAUACGGAAGAAGGAUCUUGAGAAGACACGGAAGAAUGAUCUUGGGGAAGAUAUGAAGAAGGAUCUGGAGGAAGAAACGGAAAGAUCUCACGGAAGAAGGGAUCCUGGGGAACAUACGAAUAAGGAUUCUGGGGAAGACGUGAAGAAGGAUCCUGGGGAACACACGAAUAAGGAUCCUGAAAAGGACACGAAGAAGGAUUCCAAACACCUGAAUAAGGACUUGAAGACACGGAAGAAGGAUCCUUAUUUAUUACGGAAGACGGAUCAUGGGAAGACACGAAGAAGGAUCCCGGGACACGAAUGA